AUGCUGGAGAAUCAGAGCCAGGCGGAGGUUCUGUGGCCGAGGCUGGUGGCCAACAAGCUCUUCAGGAAGCCCUCCGGGAGCCACGCCUUCGUCGCCGACUUCCCCGCGGCCGCCGGCGCCGCGGAGGAGGAGUUCGACGCGUGCGGCAGCCCCGACGCCGACGCGCAGCGCUGCGUGAAGCGCCCGCGGCCGCAGCAGCGGAACAAGACGCUCAAGUACAGGCUGUUCGCCAGCACGUGGAACGUCGGCGGCGUGGCGCCACCGGACGACCUCGACCUGUCCGACUGGCUCGACACCAGGAACGGCACCUACGACAUCUACGUCCUCGGAUUUCAGGAGGUGGUGCCGCUGAGAGCGCGGAACGUGCUGGGCGCGGACAAGAACCGCAUCGGCAUGCGGUGGAACGAGCUCGUGCGGGCCGCGCUGAACCGGUCGUCGCCGUCGCCGUCGCCGGGCGCCACCGGGGGAGGGGAGAAGCAGAAGGUGCACCCGGUGAGGGACGGCGCCGGCGGCCUGCAGUCGCGUGACUUCCGGUGCGUGGUGAGCAAGCAGAUGGUGGGCAUCCUGCUCACCGUCUGGGUCCGCGGCGACCUCCGCCGCUUCGUCCGCCGCCCCAGCGUCUCCUGCGUCGGCUGCGGCGUCAUGGGCUGCCUCGGCAACAAGGGUGCCGUGUCCGUGAGGUUUUGGCUGCGUGACACGAGCUUCUGCUUCGUGUGCUGCCACCUCGCGUCCGGCGGCAGGGAGGGCGACGAGGCGCACCGCAACGCCGAUGCGGCGGAGAUCCUCCGGCGGACGAGCUUCCCGCGGCGCCACUGCUCCUCCUCCUCCCCGUCGCUCGCCUCGCCCCACAAGAUUCUAGAUCACGACCGGGUGAUUCUGCUCGGCGACCUCAACUAUCGGAUCUCCCUGCCCGAGGCCAAGACCCGGUUGCUGGUGGAGCGGCACGACUGGAAGACCCUCCUCGAAAACGACCAGCUGCGGGGCGAGGUGUCGUCGGAAGGAGGGACGUUCAAAGGGUGGAGCGAGGGGGCGAUCACGUUCUCGCCGACGUACAAGUACCACCGGAACUCGGACGCCUACUACGGCUGCGCGCAGCUGGGGAGGAAGGGCGACAAGCUGAAGCGGCGCGCGCCGGCGUGGUGCGACCGCGUGCUGUGGCGCGGCGCCGGCCUGAGGCAGACCCGGUACGACCGGUGCGAGUCGCGGCUGUCGGACCACCGCCCCGUGCGCGCCGCCUUCUCCGUCGAGGUGGACGCGCCGUGGAACCUCAACUCCCUCCGGAGCUUCUUCCUGUCCGAGCGGUUCGACGACCGGGCCAAGGGCCCCGCCGACGGCCUGUUCCUGCUCCGGGAGGACGACCACACGACCACCAGCGCGAGAUACGCCGAGGAUGUUUGA